CGGAGCACCGAGGCGCACAGAGACGCGACUCCGGCGCGCUGCAGCUCCGCGUCUGCGUUUCUCUCUCCGCUGCUUCGCGCUUACAGAAACAAAACGGCUCCUCUCCUCAUUGCAAGGCUUCCUGUUUCAUUUCCCUCUCUUCUCCCCCAUCGGUUCCUCUCAUGCCGCCGUUAAGGCGCAGGAUACGGGGCGAUUUGUGAUCGGCCAAGCAGCAUCUCGAUGAAUAUGGCGUGUAUUGGGGACGCAGACCCUUUCACCGCUGCGAUACCUGCCACCAAAGUUGAACUCACGGUUUCUUGUAGAAACCUGCUGGACAGAGACACGUUCUCCAAGUCUGAUCCAAUUUGUGUGCUGUACACUCAAGGAAUAGCCAACAGGGAAUGGAGAGAGUUUGGCAGGACAGAAGUCAUAGACAACACCCUCAACCCCGACUUUGUCCGCAAAUUCAUCCUGGACUAUUUCUUUGAGGAGCGGCAGAAUCUACGCUUUGACCUGUAUGAUUUAGACUGCAAGAGCGACAACCUCUCUAAACACGACUUCCUGGGCCAGGCGUUCUGUACACUAGGUGAAAUAGUCGGCUCCCUGGGAAGCCGCUUGGAAAAACCUUUGAUUGGUAUCCCAGGGAAGAAAUGUGGCACCAUCAUAGUGAGAGCAGAAGAGCUGAGCAACUGCAGGGAGUCGGUGAUGCUGCAGUUUUGUGGCAACAAGCUGGAUAAGAAGGAUUUCUUCGGAAAAUCAGAUCCCUUUCUCGUCUUUUACCGCAGUAACGAAGAUGGCUCGUAUACCAUCUGCCACAAAACAGAAGUGGUGAAGAAUACUCUGGAUCCGGUGUGGCAGGCUUUUAAAAUUCCUGUCAGGGCGCUGUGUAACGGAGACUAUGACAGGAGCAUUAAGGUGGAGGUGUAUGACUGGGACAGAGAUGGAGGCCACGACUUUAUCGGCGAGUUCAGCACCAGCUACAGAGAAAUGUCCAGAAGCCAGUCACAGUUCCACAUCUAUGAGGUGCUAAAUCCAAAGAAGAAAGGAAAGAAGAAGAAAAAGUACCAAAACUCAGGAACGGUCACCCUCUUGUCUUGCCUGGUGGACACUGAGCUCUCCUUCCUGGACUACAUCCGAGGCGGGACUCAGAUAAAUUUUACAGUGGCAAUUGAUUUCACAGCAUCAAAUGGCAACCCGUCCCAGCCCACCUCGCUCCAUUACAUGAGCCCAUACCAGCUGAAUGACUACGCCAUGGCACUGCGGGCUGUGGGAGAGAUCAUCCAGGACUACGACAGCGACAAGAUGUUUCCUGCAUUGGGCUUUGGUGCCAAGCUUCCCCCGGACGGACGGGUCUCGCACGAGUUUGCCCUGAACGGUAAUCCACAGAACCCUUACUGCAAUGGUAUCGAGGGGGUGAUGGAGGCCUAUUACCAGAGUCUCAAAUCUGUGCGUCUCUACGGACCCACCCACUUCUCCCCUGUUAUUAACCAUGUGGCCAGGUAUGCAUCAGCAGUGACAGACGGCUCACAGUACUUCAUCCUGCUCAUCAUCUCUGACGGCGUGAUCACGGACAUGGCACAGACCAAGGAGUCCAUAGUCAAUGCCGCAUCUCUGCCCAUGUCAAUUAUAAUAGUCGGGGUUGGACCAGCGGAAUUUGAUGAAAUGAUCGAGCUGGACGGGGACGAGGAGAGGAUCUCAUCCCAAGGACGAUAUGCAGAGAGGGACAUUGUUCAGUUUGUUCCUUUCAGAGACUACAUUGACCGGCGGGGAAACCACAUCCUCAGCAUGGCUCGCCUGGCUAAGGAAGUGCUUGCUGAAAUCCCAGACCAGUUUCUGUCCUACAUGAGGACCCGAGGGAUCAAACCAGGCCCAUUGCCACCUCCUUACACCCCCUGUCCACCACCUGCUAUCCACCCCCUCCUCACCAGACGGGUAAGCAGAAUCUAAAGGCCUCGCUCCAAUGCCGGCCAGCCGACUCAACUGGUCUCCACUACUCCUCUCUCUGCUUCUUCUUCUCCUGCUCUUCACUGGAGGCUUUUGAGCACACGGCAAACCUCGCCCGCUCACUUUCGAGAACGUUUGGCCAUGAGCCUGAGCGUGAUACGGAUAACCCCAAGUGGGACGCUUCCACUUUCUAGGAGCAGGGACUUCGAAGGUGUGGGUUUUGAAGGGGUUGUGGUGGCGGUCUGAGAUCACCUACCUGCAUCAGGAAGAGUGAACAGGACAGUAACUGACCACUCAUGGCAAUCAGACUGCAAGGGUCCAAACUGGGGAGGCCCUUUUGUGAAAUCCUGCUCGUCUGUUUGCUAUUUCUAUUUUUCACUUUCUCUAUCUUUCACAAAAUCAUGUCUCUCGAUAUAUAAAUGUUUACAAAAUUGAGGACUGGAGAGGAGUUUUUUUUUUUUUCCAGGAGGAAAUUUAUACCAAUCAAUGUGAAAACCUUUCAGAUUCCUAUUUUUCAGCUGCAGAAACUGGAGAUUGUGACUUUGUACAAAAACGUUUAGGCCCUGGUGCCACAUUCUUCAGUAUGAAGUGUGUGUUUUUUUUUAUAAAUGGAGCAUGUGGUAGUUUAAAAGAAGCAUGCACUGUUGUCUUGCACUCAGGGCUUUGUCCCUCCCACACAACCCCCCGCUCCCCACUACCACCUCACAACCAAUGCCAUGUUCCAUUAAGAGCAAACCCAUCACCUAACUGAAAUCUUCCCACGCUCCUCUACCUUCUGCUCCGUCCACCUGCCUUGACUCAAAAGGAAGCUGUGCUCCCUAGGAGUCUGGUCAAAUGAAAUGCAGCAGGGACUUGAACCAGCCUUACUCUUUUGUCAGAUAACAUUCACAGACACCGUGUCCACCAUGGGUUCUGGAAAUGUGGAUCUCCAAGCCCAGAAGUCAAAAACACAAAUCUCACUACCGAACCUGACUGUGUGUUAUGUUUUAGAGUCUCUUUGUUUUCAUGGAAUAACACUGUACUUCAGAAGCAUUUUUUGUGUCGUUUUACGUCUCUCUACCUCUCACUUUGUUCAGUAUUGCCAAAAACAAAAAAAAGUUUAAAUAACAAAGUCUUAGUGUGUCAGUGAUUUUUGGUAAGUCUGUAGAGUUCACAGUUUUACCUUUCUCACCAAGUAUUCAGAAAAUAUUUGCCAAACUGUAGGUUGCAAAUUAUAGCACUUUGGUAGCUAUCAGAUCAGGUGACUCACACGUUUCUGUUAGCAACACGUUGUGAAUAUGUGCACAGAAAACAGUUAACCAACAGACCAAAAUGCAAAGAUGCUUUUCUUUUAGCAGCUACCCAUAUGGAUCUGGGCAGACUGUGAGCACAGGUUUUAUUUCAAUGUUGUCCAACAGCAUUUUUAACAGUAAAAGUUGAAGCCAGUAAUAAUUAGUAACCACUAAAGUUGUGUAGCACGUAGGUAAUCAUUAGGAAUUAAAGAAGUAGUCCCCAGAAAAAUAAUGGUUUUCAGUCUCAAACACUCACCUCCUAAAGGCUUGAAGGGUGGCUCUGAAUUGUAUUUAGUUCUGUUCUCAGCUUAAAUUCACAACAGUUACAAUGGAUUUCAGGGGCAGUUUCCCUGUUUUCAUAAUGGGUCACCCCUUUUUGCAGCAAUAUAUGUCUGUAUGUUUUAUGCUUAUUGAACACUUUUUUCCAAACAACCAAGCCCCAAAGUGUUUUGUAGAAGAAUGGGGAUGUAAUGACCACAGAAAAACAACCUCCAAAUUAGGACAAAAUCAACACAGCUAUACAAGUUGUAAGUUGAAUUUCUGCAUUAUCUUGGAUUAAUGGGUGUCAAAAGUUAAAAGCCAUGAAAACCUAUUUUCUCAGUCAGCCUCUUACUAUGAGUAACAAUGAGUUAUACAAGGACACAGUGUUUCUUUCAAAUUUGAACUGUUUUGGUUAUUUCACCAGAGAGAUUUUUCUAUUUUUCUGUUUUUUUCAGUAUUUGAAUCAAAAUGUGUUUUGUGGUAUCCUAUAUUAUCUUGCCAGUUCUGUCAAUUCAAUUUGAUCAAACCACACCGACACAGUCCUGAUGAGGUAGAUUUGUUUUUGAUUGUUGAAUUGAAAAUUGAAAUGGAAACAAAAUGGCAAUGCAGUCUGAUUAUCAGUUUAAUAAUAACCCUGUUUCAUGGAGGAAAAAAGCAUUAAAUGUUAAUAGAAGCUUUUUAAAUCCAUCAUGUGGAUAACAAGCCCUGUUUCUUUUCACUUUCUGUGGACAUUUUACUACUAUUGGUUACUAUUUGAAUCCAUUGUUACUGUUGUGAAUCCAAACUAACCACAGCUGCUGUCCUCUGUAUAAGAGCACACUACAAAUGUUCCAAAGCCUUUAGGUAGUGAGUAUAUUAAUAUUCAAAACUUAGUUUUUCUGGGGAGUAUUCCUUUAAAAAUGGGGAAAUACUCAAACCCAAAACAGGUAAUUGCACUGUCACUUUUAGCCAAGUUUCGGGGUGAACUCAAACGCAACCCUGCUGUUUUGCCCAGAAAUGUGUUUAUAAAAACUUAUAGUGUGACCUUACGCAAAGCACAAACUCAGAAAAGCUACAGCCACCCACCGUAUCGAGAGGCCCUUUUUAACUUAUGUAAAUGUAUGAAGAACAGUGUUUAUACAUUUUUUUCUGUGUCUGUGUACUACAAACUGUAGAUCUUAUGAGUACUUCUUAGGGCCCUAUUCAGUCAAGGAAUCAAUGUACAAGAAGGUUUACAACAUUUUUCUAAACUUGCACCUCAGAAUCAUCAUAUACUUCUUGGCUGAUGAACGUCUACUUAUAAACUGCUUGUAAAAAUGUAUACACUGUACAAAUGUUUGCCUUUUUUGUGUAUUGGUCAAUAUACUGUAUGUGUAAUGCUGCUUCUCUACUGCUGAUAUAAGUAUUACAUUUUAUACUGAGGCCUGUAAUCAUAUUUAAAUCAUGACUAACAGGCCUUAUUCAUAUUUAUACAUAUGUUAUUCAUAUUUAAAUCAUGAACGACAGGCCUGUAUUUUUUUAUAAGCGAAUGGUCAGAUAAUAAUGUAUAUUUCAUGUGUUCAAGAUGUUUAAAAGUAGACCUGGUGAUCAAGUACACUCCGUAGCAACAUUUAUCCGCCAAAUUUGAGUGUAGCGUCUCAUUGUUGGCUAAGACUCAUUCCAGAAAAGCUGGUAACUCAGUUUGACUGAAUAGGGUCCCUCAGUGUGGGGACAGGUGGUGUGAUAGAUUUUGUACUCUUCUGUAUUGUAAUUUCAUUGCGGGGACCCCGUACGACAGCGGGGAUGUCGAAUUGCACAAUGUAGCACUGGUCUCAAGUCUGGUGUUGCACUAGAGCAUCACCAGACUGAACCAGAUCAGACCAGAUCAGGCAGGAACAGUAUUUUAUAUGUAUAUGUAUAUAUAUAUUCUGUAUAUACUGUAUGUAUGUUUUCUGGAGAGUUGACUUGCAGCGAACUGCCGUGACUCUGUGACUCUCCUCCUGAAACACAAGGCAGAGCCUUUCAUUUAUUUAUCACGACAAGAUGUCAACUUCAUCUUACUCCCACACUUUCAUAUAUACUGUACAUCCAGAACAUGUAUUUGUAUAUGAAACAUGCAUGACACUUACAUACCAAGGCGAGGGCUGAGUGAAGAUUAAGGGAUUCUUGCUUGUUUUCUCAGAGAAACAGUGGUUUCAUAGACCUGAUAUUUAUCUUAGUACCAGCACCUAAAGCUGGGCGUCUCAACCUUUUCUGGCUUGUGACCACAUUUUCGGUCCAGGAUGUCAAGGUGUUAGGGGAAUUUUUGAAUGGCAUAUACAGUAUUCAAUUCCAAGAACUUAAAUACUCCAAACAGAUAAUAUAGAAACAAAAAAUCUUUGCCAUGACUCUGACUGAAAUUUAUAAUUUUGAUAAUAGAAAAUGUUUAGAACAUUUAAAUCUGCAUCUGGUUGUAGCUGUUCAUUAAAAUACACAUAGUGAUCAUGACACACAAGAGCCAGAUUUUUUGUACUUCCAUGGAAUUCCCCCUGUAAUUUCUCCUACACACUUCACAGCACGUUCUCAUUCCCAGGUCUUCAAAAACAGAUGCGAGCAGUGUUCAGUUAGUGGCAAUUUGAAACUUCACUGAUAGAUGCAGCUAAAUCCUAUACACAAAAAUAUGGACUCCUGGCACACCGUCCUUAGGCCAUGGCCAGAAUUUUCAAAAAUCAUUAACAUUUUUAACUGAGAUAAUGAUGAUAAACAGUAUUAAAACCAAUUCAAUCUUCACUAAACUUUUGCCAGCUGAAAUGACACCUGUCACUAUCAGUUAUUAUUAACUGUACCUAGCUAAUUUAGCUAACGUUAGCUCCAUGAGUUGUCUUAAAAAGGUUGCCUCUGAUGUACUACGCUAUAUACUUAGUGGCUACAUCCUAUAAUGCUAAAAGACUCAGACUAAAGCACGUCACAGGCAAAAAGUUAGUAUCCUUACUAGUCGAUGAUCCAUGUAGUCGACAUGGAAAUUAAAAAAAUUAGCAUUAGUCUCGUUCACAUAGGCCGCCGAGCUGCUGCUGCCAACCUAUGUUUCUUCAUACACUUUCCUUUGUAUGUCCAUGAAAAAGUAAUAUUUUUAUAUCAUUUAAUUUACAAUUUAAUAUAUAUAUAUAUAUAUAUAUAUAUAUAUAUAUAUAGUUUAAACAUAAAUGUGAAAUGGUAACUAGAAACUGUCACAUGUAGUUUGUUUAGCGAGAGAGAGAGAGAGAGAGAGAGAGAUAGCCGGCUCACUUCCCAAAAUUCUUUCACAAGUGAAGUCGUAAAUAAAAGAUUAUUACAGUGCUUUUACUUUGUAAAAGAAGUUUAAACUGUCUUGAAAUAUGUGGAUAUGACUACCAAUAGAUCCUUUCUUGCUGGGAGACGUGCACAGCUUGCAGUAAAAAUAGGCCAAACCUCGACUCUCUAUUGAAGCGUUGCUGCAGACGCAGCUGAGAUGCACGUGAGGCGGGCAGCUAUCCACUCUAAUUUGUUAACAUGGCCGCCAAAAUAAAAAUCAAGACAUUCCUCCACGCACGCGCCAUGCAGACACAGGUGGUGUAAACAAGAUGUUAGCUUACAUACUUGUAGGCCUAUUUUAAAACUGUAUGUUUUAUCACAAUACAGGAGUAACAUUAAAAUUACUGUUCAUUCUAAAGGCUAACCGAUAUUUGAAACGUAUGUCGCUAUCUUGAGGUAAUGUAGGUUGAAAUUGAGUGUAAACUAUGGAACUCCAUAAACUAAUGUAGUGAUGUACUCCUUGGCCAUAUAAAUAAUGCUUGGUUAGUACUGUAAGUUGUAAGUUAAUUAGUUGGUCUUGCUAUUAACAGAAGCUCAGAUAAACAACCACAUUUACACCUUUCUUAUGCUUUUCUCCUGUUUUUGUUUUUGGAAAAGCUAGAAAAAAAGACGCUCCUCCUCCAAAGUCUUUACUUGCAUAUAACAUAUAGAAAAAUCCAAAGCUUGACAGACCUAGUUAUGGUUGCUAGUUAUAAUUGGACAAUUACUGUUUGGGAGAGGGGUUUAACAAACGGUAAACAAUAAAAGCUACAACAUACAACUACAUUCUAUCUGCAUCAUAGAGCGCAGUAUAGAUAUGACAGCAUGGCUUGCAUUAGAUGGAUUUGCCCUCAGGAAAAGGAAAUGAAUGCUGUUUGCAUAAGAACCCAGUGGAGUUGGAAGUCUUAACAUUUACCGAUGUGUUGGUCACGUGCGGCUGCAAUGUGUGAAAUUACUGUUCCUCUGAGGCUGUGUCAGCAUAGGUGUGACAAUCAAAAGCAUUUAUUGUGUAGGAGACUACAAGGCGGAAAAAAAAAAUCUACCAGCACGCUACCGGUGGACAUACAAGCCUUAAUGAAUUAGGCUUACACCUCGCUGCCUCCCACCGCUCAUCGUUGCAUCCAUGUCACUCUGCCAAGGCGGUACCAUGUCAGCAUGCCAGGCCAUAUGAACGCCCACAUAAUCUUCACACAUACAACAUGAAAGUUGUUUACUGUACCUUAUAUUAACAACGUGGUUUAUUUGAAUGCUUGUGAUGAAUAUCCUGUUUUAUUCUGAUGUUUUUUAUAGCAUGCAUUAAGUUUAAGCAUGUGUAGAUUUUUUCAAACAGAGGAACCAGUUGGUUUGAAAAAAAAUUGUACAUCUUUACAAGUUAUUUCAGAGUAUUUUAGACAACUUUUUUGCCUUAAAAAUCUCACUGAUCAAUCUUGGAAUUGUGCAAUGCCUUCAGAUGUUUCUUUUAAAAACUGGUUAUUUUUUUCUGGUUGGUUUUUCUUUUUCUUUUUUUGGUACGCAGCCUCUCAUCGGACUCAUUUCAGCAUUGUUCUCUCAGACCCAGUGGUUGGAAUAAUGUGAAUAGGCGGGAGAACCAACUUGAAAACAACUGGGCUGUCUCGCUACACAGUUCUAUAUUUUAUCAUAAACUGAAACAAUUCAUAAGCCCAAUUUCAUUAAUCCAGCUGUUAUUUUUCAUCAGCCCUCAUUUUGUAUCUCUAAAGAGUGAUUCAUGGCUUCUGCAUGAUGCUUGUGAUUACACGAAAAGACCAAUCAAAAUGAUUUGUCCAUCGAUACAUAAUAUUUACUUAAAAUCAGUUCUUAAGGUUAGUGUUAUUGCAAGACAGCACAGGUUUUACUGUUCUAACAGGAAAUAUGUAUGCCACUAAAGACUGAUUUAAAAUGACUAUUUCUGUAAGAAUUUAAGUCUUUAAAUAAAUAUUCAUAUCAAACCUU